AGCUUUGUGUGUCAAACACACUAUUACUUGACUGGCACUGCAGUGAUGGCGCCGGCAGCGCAUGGAGCGACGUCCCGGCAGGGCAAACGCGGCGCUGUGGGCAAGGCCAAGCUGGGUCGUGGUACUACAGGCAUGGGAGCCAACCCAAACAAGCGCAAGAAGUCGAAGCUGGUGGUGACAUUUGACCCAGACAAGAGAAAAGAAUAUCUCACGGGCUUCCACAAACGUAAGCAGGAGCGACGCCGCUUCGGUCUGGACAUGGAGGCGUACAAGGUUAAGAAGCGGCAACUUGAAGCCAAGAAACAGCGACGCGAGGAACAAAAGGAGAAACUGGCGGCGCUCAAUCUGCUAGACGACGAUAAGAAGGACGAGGAAGAAGAGAGCGAGGCUGAGAGCGAGUCGGAUGGCUCCGAUAACGAGACUAAACUCGUGCUGGGCGGCGCUAAGGCCGUGACUAAAGUCGAAACUUUUAACGAUGACUUUACUCAGGGCAAAUUCGGCGACGUGGUGACGGUCAUGACGUCGGUGGGAGAUUUACAGAGCGACAGCGACGACAGUGGAAGCGAUUUGGAGCCCUCGGACGACGAAGAAGAGGCCGACAAGCCCAAGCACCCAGCGUUCCAUCACAAGAAGAAAAAAAUCGACAAGGAGCAGCACUUGACACUAUUCCAGCGGAUACAGCAGCAACGCAAGGGCAAGGCUCUGCCGUCCAAACGCUCCAAGCUCAAGGAUGCCCGUGUCGCACGCAAGGCUAUGAUGGGCAAGAAAGCCAGCAUUGUGACGGGCAAGAAACGAGGUGCUGAGGACGGAGACGGAGGAGGUUCCGCCGUCAGCAAACUCAACAAGAAGCUCAAGAUGAAGCGCCAACAGGGCGGCAACAAGCGCCACAAGAAGCGGUAAUUGACCAGUCAAUUGUAGCAACUUUAGACGCGCAACACUAUCCAUUCAUGUUCAUGUUAUUCUUCUUAGCUGAUCACUUCAAUACUCUCCUACUGCACGUCGUCACUUCCACACCUUAAUGAGUGCGUCACGACCACUGGAAACCAGCAUGGGGCUUGGAUUCUGGCUGCUUCCCAACUCCACAAGUGUC